GUCAGAGGAGAUAAUCUCUGUACACUCAUGACAUCAUCCUCCUGCUUAUAUAUUUAGGGAAUGGCCUGAGCAUCUCUCAUAGUUCAGUCACUUUCAAAGUCUGCUGAAAGCAAGAGGAAGCUCUAGAGAGAGCCUGACCCGACUUCAGCGUGUUUCUGACGUUUAUGGACUUGACUUCCUAGAAGGCUGAAGAUGAUGACCGAAAUGAAAAUCCAGCUGGUGUGCCUGAUUCUCCUGGCUUUCAGCUCCUGGAGUCUGUGCUCAGAUUCAGAAGAGGAAAUGAAAGUGUUAGAGGAAGAUUUAUUAACCAAUAUGCAUACAUCAAAGAUAAGUAAAGCAAGUGUUGCCUCUUGGAAAAUGACCCUGCUAAAUGUUUGCAGUCUUGUAAAUAACCUGAACAGCCAGGCUGAGGAAACAGAAGAAGCUCGUGAGGAGGAGCUUAUUACAAGAAGGAAAUUUCUCACUACAUUAGAUGGCUUUAGCUUGGAAGCAAUGUUGACAAUAUACCAGCUCCAAAAAAUAUGUCACAGCAGGGCUUUUCAACACUGGGAGCUAAUUCAGGAAGAUGUUCUUGAUAAUAGAAGUGCCAAAAAUGAGAAGGAAGAAGUGAUAAAGAGAAAAAUUCCUUAUAUUCUGAAACGUCAGCUAUAUGAGAAUAAACCCAGAAGACCCUACAUACUCAAAAGAGGUUCUUACUACUACUGACAGGAGUAAAUAUUUAAUUUACAUGUGAUUGUGAUGUAUGAUCCUUUAAUUAAUUAUCAAAUUAUAUUUGUGUGAAAAUGUGACAGAACACAAUUAUUUUGCUUAUUCAACAAUUGUGAUUUAUUAGAUGUGAUUUUUCUAUAUUAAUAUAAAUUGGACUAAAUGUUUAAAAAAGCUAGAUGUUGUGCAUGAUGUGGUGUGUUUAAUUGGAGUACAUAAUAAUUAAGUCACAUAUAGAACAUUUUGUAAUUUUGCAAAACACUUUAUGAGUUCUUUAACAAAAAAAAAGUUGACAUUUUAUAUCAAAUUAUGAGAUUAUAACAAAGUCCUAAAGCAAAUCAACUCACAUAUCAUUAGUAAAAAAAAAAGUAAUAGCACCUCUCAUUAUUUGACUGAAUGUUUUAUUGAACUGAAAGCAAUAUACUCUUUUCCAAGACUCCCUCAUUGUGAAUUAUGGACAAGUUAAUAGUGGUAAAAGAGGACAGUCUUAAAAGAAUAAUUAAUGAACUAUUGUUAAUUUUGUCUAUUUUAAUGAAUGAUGGUCAACGAAAUUUGUUCCCUGUUAAUGAACUUAACAACAAAUAAAAAUAAAUAAGCCAUCAGAA